UAAUAUCCGGUACAGUAAGCGCCUAUACUCAAACCUUCAGGAGGAGCCAGCUAAAGCAGCGUGCGGCUAUAAUCAAAAGGACAUGCCUGUACAAAAAGUCAAGGAUUCAUCUGACCUAGACGCCAAGGUCCCUUCUCAUCUCCAGCGCACAUCUAUAACAAGCCUCACAAUAACCUCUGAACCCUCACACAGAUGUGUCAAGGCUAGAGUGGUUCACAUAGGUCCUGUGAUAUCCUGCGCACAGAAAGAUGGCAUCGAAAUGCUUAGAGCAGAGCUCAAAGAGGAGGACCCCCUUCAGAGAACUGCUGAACAUACAUCAAUCAAUGUCAUUUUCUUUGGCACGUUGGCCAAGGACUUCUCCCAGUCUGCCAGACAAGGGGAUGUUGUCCUUUUGGCAGACUUCACCAUUAAAAAGUCUCCAUCUUUUCUCAGAGACAAACUACAUCCUUGUCAGCUAGAGAUGGAUGGCAAAGAUGAUUGUGUCUAUGUAUGUCCCUCGGCCAAACCCUCCCAUGGUCCUUCCAGUUCAGAGGCCAAAUACACUUAUGUUCCCCUAAACAAUUUAAAGCCCAAGACAGUGGUGAACGUCUAUGGUGUGGUGACCUUCUUCAAACAGCCUUUCCCCUCUAAAGGUUCAGAUUACUGCUCUACACUAAAGAUCACUGAUCAGUCGGAUGUUAAAGUGGGCUGCAACAUCUUCUCUAAAAAACUGGAGGAUCACCCAGUCAUCUUCCGAGUGGGGGACAUUAUCCGACUUCACAGAUUUAAGACUGAAAUGUUCAGGGACUCCAUGUCACUCUUGAACACUUAUGGUUGGUCUACAGUCACAUUCGAUGGAACAAUUGACAGUCCUGUAGUCCCUCAUACCUCCAGGAAAUUAUUUCACUUUGGAGAAUCCGAUAUACGUACAGUGCAGGAGCUUCGCCAAUGGGCUGCCAACCAGUCUUGGAUAUCAAAUGACCUCACAGUCUCUCUGUCCUCGGUAAAGCCCGGGAUGUACUUUGAUUUGACCUGCCAGUUGCUGGCCAAGGCCGUCAUGGAUAGUCGUUGUAUCCUACUAAAGGUGUGGGAUGGGACCAAGUGUCAACAUCCCUUAUUGAACGUUGCAGUUGCAUCUGAUGCAUUAGAAGGAGAAUCCACUGUCGCUAAAGACAGGAUGAACCUGACAGCCAACGUUCUGGUCUACGACAAUCACCUGGAGGUGGCUCGAGACUUAAAGCCAGGCACGUUCCUGUGUUUCUACAAUCUCCAUGCGCUCCUUCAGAGAGCCCCGGACCAGCUGCCAGAUCAGCUUGAACACCUCAGUUUCCACCUCCAUGGGGGGACGUCAUAUGGACGAGGUUUACGCAGCCUUCCUGCAGAGAGCCCUGCUCUACAGUCCUUCAAGAGUGUGCUAGAGAAACAUGUGGACCUGGAUGAGUAUGAUGAAGUGAACGAUGGCACGUUACUGGAGAUUUGGUACACGCCGCCAGAGGCUGUAGUCUUGCCAAAUGAUGAUGAAACAGAUGCAGAAGCAGAUACAGGACCUUCUUAUACAGUGCGGACGUGUGAGCACAACAUGCGAAGGCUCACACUCGCCCGGGUGAAGCGCUCCACGUCGCCGCUGUUGUGCCACGUCCGAGCCCGGGUGAAGAAGUACAAUCCUCAGCAGUUAUACCAGUGCCUGAAACUCUUCUGCUCCAACUGCAAAACAAUACUUUCAGUUAAGGCUCGUGUUAAAAAGACAGUUCAUCGGUGUCUCUGUCACACAGCUCUGGGAGUUCAGCUAAUGCAGUACAGAUUGUUAAUCCAGUUUGAACUGGAGGACCAGACCGACACAUUAGAGGCUCUGCUGUGGGAAAACGCUGAGAGGUUCUUCCAUGUUUCUGCUGUAGAUGCUUCAGGCAGUCAGGAUUUGCAGGACAAGAUUCAGACCAUCAUGGACACAAUUCAACCACCAGACAGCAGUUUGGAGGAGCGUCCAUGGCUGGAUCUUUGUGUCUCUGUCUACACUGUAAAGGACAACGACAGAAAUAGAGUUUGCUAUCAGAUCACUAACACCGAAAUUAAAGAAGAAUAGAGAAGUUAUGGACAUUUUGAUUAAAAGUAAAGAAAUCAUACAUGACCACCUGUGAUGAACAAGAAAAAAGGGCCAGGAAUAUUUUGUGUUAAGAAAUGUAAAUACAUUAUGAUCAA